CCCUUUCCUACCGACUACAGUGCCCUCUACAGUGCCUUACUUUAAUUCGUCUACACCAAACAAGCACGUAACUGAAUGUAUUGUCUACAUCAAUAGAUUCUGUGACAGCAGCAAGGCGGGUGAUGGAGAUGGAGGAGGUGUUGCUCGCCAGCACUGCGUUGUGCCUAACUCCCCUCUCUCUGAUUCGUCUCAAACGCACCUGUUGUGGGCGGCUAGUAGCGGCAGCAAGGCGGGUGAUGGAGAUGGAGGAGGUGUUGCUCGCCAGCACUGCGUUGUGCCGAACUCCCCUCUCUCUGAUUCGUCUCAAACGCACCUGUUGUGGGCGGCUAGUAGCGGCAGCAAGGCGGGUGAUGGAGAUGGAGGAGGUGUUGCUCGCCAGCACUGCGUGGUGCCUAACUCCCCUCUCUCUGAUCCGUCUCAAACGCACCUGUUGUGGGCGGCUAGUAGCGGCAGCAAGGCGGGUGAUGGAGAUGGAGGAGGUGUUGCUCGCCAGCACUGCGUUGUGCCUAACUCCCCUCUCUCUCAUUCGUCUCAAACGCACCUGUUGUGGGCGGCUAGUAGCGGCAGCAAGGCGGGUGAUGGAGAUGGAGGAGGUGUUGCUCGCCAGCACUGCGUUGUGCCUAACUCCCCUCUCUCUGAUUCGUCUCAAACGCACCUGUUGUGGGCGGCUAGUAGCGGCAGCAAGGCGGGUGAUGGAGAUGGAGGAGGUGUUGCUCGCCAGCACUGCGUUGUGCCUAACUCCCCUCUCUCUGAUUCGUCUCAAACGCACCUGUUGUGGGCGGCUAGUAGCGGCAGCAAGGCGGGUGAUGGAGAUGGAGGAGGUGUUGCUCGCCAGCACUGCGUUGUGCCUAACUCCCCUCUCUCUGAUUCGUCUCAAACGCACCUGUUGAGGGCGGCUAGUAGCGGCGGCAAGGCGGGUGAUGGAGAAGGAGGAGGUGUUGCUCGCCAGCACUGCGUUGUGCCUAACUCCCCUCUCUCUGAUUCGUCUCAAACGCACCUGUUGUGGGCGGCUAGUAGCGGCAGCAAGGCGGGUGAUGGAGAUGGAGGAGGUGUUGCUCGCCAGCACUGCGUGGUGCCUAACUCCCCUCUCUCUGAUCCGUCUCAAACGCACCUGUUGUGGGCGGCUAGUAGCGGCAGCAAGGCGGGUGAUGGAGAUGGAGGAGGUGUUGCUCGCCAGCACUGCGUUGUGCCUAACUCCCCUCUCUCUGAUUCGUCUCAAACGCACCUGUUGUGGGCGGCUAGUAGCGGCAGCAAGGCGGGUGAUGGAGAUGGAGGAGGUGUUGCUCGCCAGCACUGCGUUGUGCCUAACUCCCCUCUCUCUGAUCCGUCUCAAACGCACCUGUUGUGGGCGGCUAGUAGCGGCAGCAAGCCGGGUGAUGGAGAUGGAGGAGGUGUUGCUCGCCAGCACUGCGUUGUGCCUAACUCCCCUCUCUCUGAUUCGUCUCAAACGCACCUGUUGUGGGCGGCUAGUAGCGGCAGCAAGGCGGGUGAUGGAGAUGGAGAAGGUGUUGCUCGCCAGCACUGCGUUGUGCCUAACUCCCCUCUCUCUGAUUCGUGUCAAACGCACCUGUUGUGGGCGGCUAGUAGCGGCAGCAAGGCGGGUGAUGGAGAUGGAGGAGGUGUUGCUCGCCAGCACUGCGUUGUGCCUAACUCCCCUUUCUCUGAUUCGUCUCAAACGCACCUGUUGUGGGCGGCUAGUAGCGGCAGCAAGGCGGGUGAUGGAGAUGAAGGAGGUAUUGCUCGUCAGCACUGCGUUGUGCCUAACUCCCCUCUCUCUGAUUCGUCUCAAACGCACCUGUUGUGGGCGGCUAGUAGCGGCAGCAAGCCGGGUGAUGGAGAUGGAGGAGGUGUUGCUCGCCAGCACUGCGUUGUGCCUAACUCCCCUCUCUCUCAUUCGUCUCAAACGCACCUGUUGUGGGCGGCUAGUAGCGGCAGCAAGGCGGGUGAUGGAGAUGGAGGAGGUGUUGCUCGCCAGCACUGCGUUGUGCCUAACUCCCCUCUCUCUCAUUCGUCUCAAACGCACCUGUUGUGGGCGGCUAGUAGCGGCAGCAAGGCGGGUGAUGGAGAUGGAGGAGGUGUUGCUCGCCAGCACUGCGUUGUGCCUAACUCCCCUCUCUCUGAUUCGUCUCAAACGCACCUGUUGUGGGCGGCUAGUAGCGGGGGCAAGGCGGGUGAUGGAGAAGGAGGAGGUGUUGCUCGCCAGCACUGCGUUGUGCCUAACUCCCCUCUCUCUGAUUCGUCUCAAACGCACCUGUUGUGGGCGGCUAGUAGCGGCAGCAAGGCGGGUGAUGGAGAUGGAGGAGGUGUUGCUCGCCAGCACUGCGUUGUGCCUAACUCCCCUCUCUCUGAUUCGUCUCAAACGCACCUGUUGUGGGCGGCUAGUAGCGGCAGCAAGGCGGGUGAUGGAGAUGGAGGAGGUGUUGCUCGCCAGCACUGCGUUGUGCCUAACUCCCCUCUCUCUGAUUCGUCUCAAACGCACCUGUUGUGGGCGGCUAGUAGCGGCAGCAAGGCGGGUGAUGGAGAUGGAGGAGGUGUUGCUCGCCAGCACUGCGUUGUGCCUAACUCCCCUCUCUCUGAUUCGUCUCAAACGCACCUGUUGUGGGCGGCUAGUAGCGGCGGCAAGGCGGGUGAUGGAGAUGGAGGAGGUGUUGCUCGCCAGCACUGCGUUGUGCCUAACUCCCCUCUCUCUGAUUCGUCUCAAACGCACCUGUUGUGGGCGGCUAGUAGCGGCAGCAAGGCGGGUGAUGGAGAUGGAGGAGGUGUUGCUCGCCAGCACUGCGUUGUGCCUAACUCCCCUCUCUCUGAUUCGUCUCAAACGCACCUGUUGUGGGCGGCUAGUAGCGGCAGCAAGGCGGGUGAUGGAGAUGGAGGAGGUGUUGCUCGCCAGCACUGCGUUGUGCCUAACUCCCCUCUCUCUGAUCCGUCUCAAACGCACCUGUUGUGGGCGGCUAGUAGCGGCAGCAAGCCGGGUGAUGGAGAUGGAGGAGGUGUUGCUCGCCAGCACUGCGUUGUGCCUAACUCCCCUCUCUCUGAUUCGUCUCAAACGCACCUGUUGUGGGCGGCUAGUAGCGGCAGCAAGGCGGGUGAUGGAGAUGGAGGAGGUGUUGCUCGCCAGCACUGCGUUGUGCCUAACUCCCCUCUCUCUGAUUCAUCUCAAACGCACCUGUUGUGGGCGGCUAGUAGCGGCAGCAAGGCGGGUGAUGGAGAUGGAGGAGGUGUUGCUCGCCAGCACUGCGUUGUGCCUAACUCCCCUCUCUCUGAUUCGUCUCAAACGCACCUGUUGUGGGCGGCUAGUAGCGGCAGCAAGGCGGGUGAUGGAGAUGAAGGAGGUAUUGCUCGCCAGCACUGCGUUGUGCCUAACUCCCCUCUCUCUGAUUCGUCUCAAACGCACCUGUUGUGGGCGGCUAGUAGCGGCAGCAAGCCGGGUGAUGGAGAUGGAGGAGGUGUUGCUCGCCAGCACUGCGUUGUGCCUAACUCCCCUCUCUCUCAUUCGUCUCAAACGCACCUGUUGUGGGCGGCUAGUAGCGGCAGCAAGGCGGGUGAUGGAGAUGGAGGAGGUGUUGCUCGCCAGCACUGCGUUGUGCCUAACUCCCCUCUCUCUGAUUCGUCUCAAACGCACCUGUUGUGGGCGGCUAGUAGUGGCAGCCAGGCGGGUGAUGGAGAUGGAGGAGGUGUUGCUCGCCAGCACUGCGUUGUGCCUAACUCCCCUCUCUCUGAUUCGUCUCAAACGCACCUGUUGUGGGCGGCUAGUAGCGGCAGCAAGGCGGGUGAUGGAGAUGGAGGAGGUGUUGCUCGCCAGCACUGCGUUGUGCCUAACUCCCCUCUCUCUGAUUCGUCUCAAACGCACCUGUUGUGGGCGGCUAGUAGCGGCGGCAAGGCGGGUGAUGGAGAAGGAGGAGGUGUUGCUCGCCAGCACUGCGUUGUGCCUAACUCCCCUCUCUCUGAUUCGUCUCAAACGCACCUGUUGUGGGCGGCUAGUAGCGGCAGCAAGGCGGGUGAUGGAGAUGGAGGAGGUGUUGCUCGCCAGCACUGCGUUGUGCCUAACUCCCCUCUCUCUGAUUCGUCUCAAACGCACCUGUUGUGGGCGGCUAGUAGCGGCAGCAAGGCGGGUGAUGGAGAUGGAGGAGGUGUUGCUCGCCAGCACUGCGUUGUGCCUAACUCCCCUCUCUCUGAUUCGUCUCAAACGCACCUGUUGUGGGCGGCUAGUAGCGGCAGCAAGGCGGGUGAUGGAGAUGGAGGAGGUGUUGCUCGCCAGCACUGCGUUGUGCCUAACUCCCCUCUCUCUGAUUCGUCUCAAACGCACCUGUUGUGGGUGGCUAGUAGCGGCAGCAAGGCGGGUGAUGGAGAUGGAGGAGGUGUUGCUCGCCAGCACUGCGUUGUGCCUAACUCCCCUCUCUCUGAUUCGUCUCAAACGCACCUGUUGUGGGCGGCUAGUAGCGGCGGCAAGGCGGGUGAUGGAGAAGGAGGAGGUGUUGCUCGCCAGCACUGCGUUGUGCCUAACUCCCCUCUCUCUGAUUCGUCUCAAACGCACCUGUUGUGGGCGGCUAGUAGCGGCAGCAAGGCGGGUGAUGGAGAUGGAGGAGGUGUUGCUCGCCAGCACUGCGUUGUGCCUAACUCCCCUCUCUCUGAUUCGUCUCAAACGCACCUGUUGUGGGCGGCUAGUAGCGGCAGCAAGGCGGGUGAUGGAGAUGGAGGAGGUGUUGCUCGCCAGCACUGCGUUGUGCCUAACUCCCCUCUCUCUGAUUCGUCUCAAACGCACCUGUUGUGGGCGGCUAGUAGCGGCAGCAAGGCGGGUGAUGGAGAUGGAGGAGGUGUUGCUCGCCAGCACUGCGUUGUGCCUAACUCCCCUCUCUCUGAUUCGUCUCAAACGCACCUGUUGUGGGCGGCUAGUAGCGGCAGCAAGGCGGGUGAUGGAGAUGGAGGAGGUGUUGCUCGCCAGCACUGCGUUGUGCCUAACUCCCCUCUCUCUGAUUCGUCUCAAACGCACCUGUUGUGGGUGGCUAGUAGCGGCAGCAAGGCGGGUGAUGGAGAUGGAGGAGGUGUUGCUCGCCAGCACUGCGUUGUGCCUAACUCCCCUCUCUCUGAUUCGUCUCAAACGCACCUGUUGUGGGCGGCUAGUAGUGGCGGCAAGGCGGGUGAUGGAGAAGGAGGAGGUGUUGCUCGCCAGCACUGCGUUGUGCCUAACUCCCCUCUCUCUGAUUCGUCUCAAACGCACCUGUUGUGGGCGGCUAGUAGCGGCAGCAAGGCGGGUGAUGGAGAUGGAGGAGGUGUUGCUCGCCAGCACUGCGUUGUGCCUAACUCCCCUCUCUCUGAUUCGUCUCAAACGCACCUGUUGUGGGCGGCUAGUAGCGGCAGCAAGGCGGGUGAUGGAGAUGGAGGAGGUGUUGCUCGCCAGCACUGCGUUGUGCCUAACUCCCCUCUCUCUGAUUCGUCUCAAACGCACCUGUUGUGGGCGGCUAGUAGCGGCAGCAAGGCGGGUGAUGGAGAUGGAGGAGGUGUUGCUCGCCAGCACUGCGUUGUGCCUAACUCCCCUCUCUCUGAUUCGUCUCAAACGCACCUGUUGUGGGUGGCUAGUAGCGGCAGCAAGGCGGGUGAUGGAGAUGGAGGAGGUGUUGCUCGCCAGCACUGCGUUGUGCCUAACUCCCCUCUCUCUGAUUCGUCUCAAACGCACCUGUUCGGCAGCAAGGCGGGUGAUGGAGAUGAAGGAGGUAUUGCUCGCCAGCACUGCGUUGUGCCUAACUCCCCUCUCUCUGAUUCGUCUCAAACGCACCUGUUGUGGGCGGCUAGUAGCGGCAGCAAGCCGGGUGAUGGAGAUGGAGGAGGUGUUGCUCGCCAGCACUGCGUUGUGCCUAACUCCCCUCUCUCUCAUUCGUCUCAAACGCACCUGUUGUGGGCGGCUAGUAGCGGCAGCAAGGCGGGUGAUGGAGAUGGAGGAGGUGUUGCUCGCCAGCACUGCGUUGUGCCUAACUCCCCUCUCUCUGAUUCGUCUCAAACGCACCUGUUGUGGGCGGCUAGUAGCGGCAGCAAGCCGGGUGAUGGAGAUGGAGGAGGUGUUGCUCGCCAGCACUGCGUUGUGCCUAACUCCCCUCUCUCUCAUUCGUCUCAAACGCACCUGUUGUGGGCGGCUAGUAGCGGCAACAAGGCGGGUGAUGGAGAUGGAGGAGGUGUUGCUCGCCAGCACUGCGUUGUGCCUAACUCCCCUCUCUCUGAUUCGUCUCAAACGCACCUGUUGUGGGCGGCUAGUAGCGGCAGCAAGGCGGGUGAUGGAGAUGGAGGAGGUGUUGCUCGCCAGCACUGCGUUGUGCCUAACUCCCCUCUCUCUGAUUCGUCUCAAACGCACCUGUUGUGGGCGGCUAGUAGCGGCAGCAAGGCGGGUGAUGGAGAUGGAGGAGGUGUUGCUCGCCAGCACUGCGUUGUGCCUAACUCCCCUCUCUCUGAUUCGUCUCAAACGCACCUGUUGUGGGCGGCUAGUAGCGGCAGCAAGCCGGGUGAUGGAGAUGGAGGAGGUGUUGCUCGCCAGCACUGCGUUGUGCCUAACUCCCCUCUCUCUCAUUCGUCUCAAACGCACCUGUUGUGGGCGGCUAGUAGCGGCAGCAAGGCGGGUGAUGGAGAUGGAGGAGGUGUUGCUCGCCAGCACUGCGUUGUGCCUAACUCCCCUCUCUCUCAUUCGUCUCAAACGCACCUGUUGUGGGCGGCUAGUAGCGGCAGCAAGGCGGGUGAUGGAGAUGGAGGAGGUGUUGCUCGCCAGCACUGCGUUGUGCCUAACUCCCCUCUCUCUGAUCCGUCUCAAACGCACCUGUUGUGGGCGGCUAGUAGCGGCAGCAAGGCGGGUGAUGGAGAUGGAGGAGGUGUUGCUCGCCAGACUGCGUUGUGCCUAACUCCCCUCUCUCUGAUUCGUCUCAAACGCACCUGUUGUGGGCGGCUAGUAGCGGCAGUAAGGCGGGUGAUGGAGAUGGAGGAGGUGUUGCUCGCCAGCACUGCGUUGUGCCUAACUCCCCUCUCUCUGAUUCGUCUCAAACGCACCUGUUGUGGGCGGCUAGUAGCGGCAGCAAGGCGGGUGAUGGAGAUGGAGGAGGUGUUGCUCGCCAGCACUGCGUGGUGCCUAACUCCCCUCUCUCUGAUCCGGCUCAAACGCACCUGUUGUGGGCGGCUAGUAGCGGCAGCAAGGCGGGUGAUGGAGAUGGAGGAGGUGUUGCUCGCCAGCACUGCGUUUAGCGGCAGCAAGGCGGGUGAUGGAGAUGGAGGAGGUGUUGCUCGCCAGCACUGCGUUGUGCCUAACUCCCCUCUCUCUGAUUCGUCUCAAACGCACCUGUUGUGGGCGGCUAGUAGCGGCAGCAAGGCGGGUGAUGGAGAUGGAGGAGGUGUUGCUCGCCAGCACUGCGUGGUGCCUAACUCCCCUCUCUCUGAUCCGUCUCAAACGCACCUGUUGUGGGCGGCUAGUAGCGGCAGCAAGGCGGGUGAUGGAGAUGGAGGAGGUGUUGCUCGCCAGCACAGCAUGGUGUGGAGCAAUGCCAUCCAGGCGAAUCAUCACCUGAGGCUAACUCACCUAACUCACCUGAUCAGGUCGGCUGGUGGCAGCAGCAAGGCGGGUGAUGGAGAUGGACGACGUGUUGCUCGCCAGCACUGCAUGGUGAGGGCAAUGCCGUCCAAGCGGCCAAUCACGUUGUGUUUCACCGCCUCGCUCUCUGCUACCGCCUCCACUAUGAAGUCUGCCUGCUCCAGAGGGGUCAGCUCUGGGGUGGUUCGGAUCCGGGCUAGUGUUGCCGCUGCUGCUGCCUGGGAGUCAGAAGAAAGCAUGGGCGUGGCAAAUGAGGUUCACAUCUGA